GACAAUGUGCAAGAGAGCGAGUGAGAGCGAAGCGAGCAAGAGAGAGAAGCGCGAGAGAGAGAAUGCAUGGUGUCAGGGUAACGCUUCCUUGCUUGUAUCCAGGGCCUUUGUGAAUACACCAUGGGAUGCAUCGGCUCACGGAGACUCACGGCAGAUGGAGUGCCAGUAAAGGAUGGGGAACAGCAUGGAUGUUCAGAAUUUUCAUGGGAAGGAAUCAAUCUGUCUAUGGAAGACACCACGUCCAUCCUGCCUCGUCUGAAGAGGAACAACUCCAAUAACUAUGGGAUCGGUGCUCUGGCUAAGUCCUCACUGACAGGUGUGUCAGGUGUGAAUCGCUCCAUGAAGGACAAGGUGACCAAGCCUACAUCCAUGGCCCAAGGCCGGAUGGCACACAUGAUCGAGUGGCAGAACUGGGACAUGUCUGUGGUGGGCCCGGGGGGCGUGUCCGUCCCACGCAAGUCCACAGCAGAGCAGGAGAUGGAGAGACGGUUGGAGAGCGACGCCUACAGCGACCUCAGCGAUGGGGAGAAAGAGGCUCGCUUUGCCGCAGGUAUCCUGCAGCAGUUUGCCAUCUCCCAGGCAACGCUCAUGGCCUGGACCUCCAUGGAUGGAGAGAGCCUGAGGUCAGGGUCCAACCAGGGCAGUGUGGCCCACCUCAGCGAGGUUAACCAGGAGAGCAUCACCAGCCGAGACCAGAUAUUGCACCACUCCUCUGCGGACAUGUGGCCCAACACCUAUGUCGCCCAGGGCCUCUACUGCCUCUCCUCCUCUGACGCCUGGGAGCCAAUCAGCAACGAGCCCUCUGGAGUGGCCUCUCCCGCUGCUGGCUCCUACGUGAUGCAGCAGGGCGGGACUUCCUGUGAUGGGUAUGAUGGGAACGCGUUGCAGCAGCAGCAGCAGCAGUUCAACCUACAGCAGCAGAGUCAGCUCCAGCAGCUGCAGCAGCUGCAACAGAUACAGCACUACCAGCAACAGCAGCUCCUGUAUCAGCAACAACAGUCUCUGGAGCAAAGGCUGCACAGCGCCAACCACUCGUUGCAAGCCACGCCCAACAGCACCAUCCACAGCCUGGCCCCUGCUACCCACGCCCCAUUGGUGGACCUGUGGGGGGCGGGUCAGACAGAGUCCUAUCAAGCGGAUAUUGGAGGGUACAACAUAGGCGUGGCAGCGGUGGUGGAGGCGGCUUUGAAUGUUCCGUCUGGGGAUGAGGGGGCGGGGACAGACCAUUCCCAUCUGCUGGAGCAGCAAGAGGAGGAAGAUGAACUGAAGGACGAGGAGGUGACACUCUGCAUGGAGCCGGAGUCUGCCACUCUAACACAGAGAGAUGAAGCCAUCACCUCCGGGGGCAGUAGUCCUGGGCAACGUAGUCCGGGGCGCAGUAGUCCGGGGCAACCACCAGCACAGCAAAUCACAGAGCGGAAGGCCUCUGAUGUCAGCUGUGGAGCCAUCCAGAUGCUGGAGGAGAAGGAAGAGAAGCAGGGGUCCACUGUUGCUGCCAUGGCAACCAACUGAUUGACAGACUGACCCUCGGCGUCAGGAAUGACUGAGCCUAAUAAUUAAAUAUUUAUCAAUAAAUAUGUUCCUUUUCAGGUAUCAAACACAUUUUUGAUGGGAUAUAAACUCUUGUGACCACUGAAGAGCAGAGGAGGAAGAUUUGGAAACAGAGUCACGCAGUGACAACAGCUGGUCCAAAGGACAACUUUUUUUUGGAAGCCUUACAUUCCCAGAGAGAAGGAGGAGGGAGGGAUGAAUAGAGGGAGGGAGAAAAGACUGAGUGAGAAAAAGGAGGUAUGAGGGGAUGAUAAAAAGAAGAGGAGCAGCUGAGAUUGAGACAUUUGUAUCAGGAAGAGGAAACGGAGGAGGAGGGAAUUGUAACAUGCAUGCUUUUUAAACAAACGACUUUAUCCAGUCCAGCGUCAAAUAUGAUAAUGAUCAUUAAAUCUAUAGUAAUAAAACGUUAUCAUGACAACAAUGAUUUUCUAACAAAGAAAACAAUCAUGACAACACAAAAAUCUAUGUAUAAGUGAAUGAUAAAAUAAUAUAUAUCAAAUCACUGUUUUUACAACACUAUCUCUCAAUGGGAGAACUACUCUGUUUACAGCUUACACUCAACACAUCAUAUAGAAUAAUAUCAACCCCAUAACUUGAAGAACAGAAACACUCACACGUUAUACCCUCUCCUCUUAUGUCAUUCACAUCUAGCAUCCACAACACUUAUAGAACUAACUGCACGAAUACAGAGCAACUUUAGUAGGUUGUGUUCAUCAUAACCCCCUAAAAAGUACACCUAUUCAAUUAUCCCCCAAAAUGAUUUAAAUCCAAAUUGGCUCUCUGCAACAUAACCAUUGCAGUGAAAUCUACUUGAACCCUCCUAACACAGUUAGAAAGACAACAAUGUUACUAUGUUGCUGUGUCUCCAGAUGUCCAAGGCACAUAAAGGCUGCAGGCCUGUCGGCCACACACACAGCACUGCACAGUUAAAGGAAUGUACUAUACAGUAAGAUAGUGUGCUUCCUACUCUGUCUUUCCGUAUGUUUCUUCAGAAUACUAUGGAGUACCUGUCCUAUAGUGAACUGUAUAGACUUUGCACUGAACCUAGGACACGGCUGGUGCUGGGCCAGAGAAGACUCAGGGCAUGGAGCUCCUUGUAGUCUGCUUGACUGUGCAUCAUGACUGACAGGUCCGUGUCAUGGAGUGAAUGGUGAAGAGACAGAGCUGUAGUAGUGAAUCCCUUUGCACUGAUGCCAUCCAACAGAUCAGAGGCUGCCUUUGGACUCUGUCACACGUCAAUGUCCUUGAUUACUGUUCAGAAAGAGCUCUUAGCAUCACCAAGAGCCAAAACAGAAUCACUAGACGAGAUGGAUCCGGAGCUGUUGUUCCAGGUUCCAAACUAGAGAUGGCUGGAGGAAGAGGAAGUGCUCUGGAGAGUUUUGGUACCAACAGAAAGAGGAUUUAGAUUGAGAUGUGAUUGUUGUUUUGAUGUCAGCUCUUGGGGACAAUACCAAGCUUUUCUUUGUGGAGAAAAGAUGAGGAGAAAAUGUUUCUCUGAAAGGUGUAGGUUAGAGCUGUUUGAAUUGGGUGCUGAUUCUUAGAAGGGAAAAAACACAUCUUCAAAAUUGUAACUAAUUAGUGAGGAAGGAGCCAAACACAGGUCUCCUAAACGGCUUGUGGCCACUACUGUCAUAUAGAUGUAAAUACUAAUGAGAGAGGAUAUAAACCAUCUCUCACAGUCCCCACUGCAACAGUUUAUUUCGUUUUCUACACGUCUCAGUCCCAGCUCUUUCCUUUGGGAAUCUUCCUGAGCUCCCAAAUGAAGCGUAUUGCGUUUAGAUUUGUUUCUAUCACCACACAAGUAAAAGGAAAAGGAUAGUGGAAUGUCAACAUUGUAAAUAGUGUGAUCAUUCAAAUAUUGGAUAUCGGAAUACUGUUAUAAAAUAAUGCAAAGGACCUACUUUGACUGGGUUUAAGGAGAACAUUGAAGUCAAUCAGGGAAUAGAGCUGAGUACUAGAACCAAACACUAGAACCGAACAGAACCGGUAUCUUCCUGCUCAUGGUGACUACAGCGAUGGAGCAGAACUCUGCCUGAGUCGAGUGUGACGUUUGAGUUGGCGUGUGUAUUUCCUGAAGAGGAAAGUGUGUAUCCCAACGGAGGAAUGGUAGUGAAGUUCAGAGACAUGAUAGAAUAGUGGAAUUUUGGAGAUACUGGUCUGGAAUAUCUGUGCAUGUGUCACUAAUAAAAACAACAACAAUAGCAGUUAUUAUUAUUAUUAGUAUUCUUAUUCAUUUCAUUAUGAAUAUUAUUAUUAUUAUUAAUAUUAUUAUUAUGUGACGGAGAACAACCUCCUUUCACUCUGAUGAUUGUGUGAAAAAAACUUUUAAGAUAGAAAAAAGGUUUAUUGACUUGAAUUCAUGAACUUAUUGAUUGAUUAUUUAUGCAAUGUUGGGACAAUGUUUAUUUUUCUACUGAAUGAUUGACACCCCCUCCAGUAUAAGACAGAAUAUGUGUGGUUGAUGUAGAGCAGUUUCCUGUUGGUUGGGGCUCUCUCUGAUUGGACAAACAGACAGUGAUAAUAAUACCCUAUAGGCCAGUGGUGGAAACUUCUGGAGGGCUUCAUUGUGGCCACAAUUAAUUGUAAUCAGUUGUGUUAAAGCUGGGCUGGAACAAAACCCUGCACAAACUGACUGCAUCCCUCCAAGACAAGGGUUAGGGUUAUGGUUACCCACCUCUUCCCUGGAGCUGCCCAUCGUGAAACACACAAUGAUGUCAUUUAUAUAGUCAUAACCAGUCAUGAAGAUACAUGUCACAGCUGCCAUGAUCACCCAGGCAAUGACAACGCAACCUCAACCACACAACUUCCUUUAGGCUACCAGUCAUAAGUUUCCAUCAGCUGCCAUGAUCACCCAGGCAAUGACAACACAACCUCAACCACACAACUUCCUUUAGGCUACCAGUCAUAAGUUUCCAUCAGCUGCCAUGAUCACCCAGGCAAUGACAACACAACCUCAACCACACAACUUCCUUUAGGCUACCAGUCAUAAGUGUCCAUCAGCUGCCAUGAUCACCCAGGCAAUGACAACACAACCUCAACCACACAACUUCCUUUAGGCUACUAGUCAUAAGUGUCCAUCAGCUGUCAUGAUCACCCAGGCAAUGACAACACAACCUCAACCACACAACUUCCUUUAGGCUACUAGUCAUAAGUGUCCAUCAGCUGCCAUGAUCACCCAGGCAAUGACAACACAACCUCAACCACACAACUUCCUUUAGGCUACUAGUCAUAAGUGUCCAUCAGCUGCCAUGAUCACCCAGGCAAUGACAACACAACCUCAACCACACAACUUCCUUUAGGCUACCAGUCAUAAGUUUCCAUCAGCUGUCAUGACACGUAUGACGUGUCUGCAAGACAGGAUGCAUAUUGGUGUUAGAACUAACCAAGGCUAGGAGCUGCAACCUUGUGGUGUUCUUCAGUUUGUGUUAUGCAUUAGCCUUCACCUGUCUGUCUCAGACUGGCUCUGAGAGCUACAACCUACAGGAUGUCUUUACCCAACCACUCUUAUUCAUUUAUUUAUUUAAUGAUUAUUUGGGGGGAGGAAUAACAUGACAGCCUGUACAUAGUUUAUUAUUUAUUGUAGGUAAGUCUUUUUGAAGCAGUAUUGUUCUGUGUGUUGUCCUUGGAACUUUCUGUAGUGAUAGACCUUUGACCCCAGAGAGAUUGUUCUGCUUCAUUGAAAGCACCAACAUGGACCCAGAGAAUGAUACUACUUCAACGAAGAUAUUUUAUUGAUUUUUGGAUAAUUAAGAACUUAAUAAUUGAAUAAACUAAUAACAAGAAGCCAAAUGUA